AUGAACCACAAAUGGAGGGUCCCAUUCAACGCCGUCUACCUCACAUCCUUCAUCGGUGGGAUCUUCUGCUUGAUCAACCUCGGCUCAACCUUCGGCUUUAACAUCGUCGUCUCUCUGACCCUUCUCGCCCUGCUUUCAACAUACAUGAUCUCAAUCGGGUGCGUACUUCGUAAGCGGAUCUUGAAAGAGGACCUUCCCCCAGCACGAUGGAGCCUGGGAAGGCUCGGACUUCCAGUCAACGCCUUUGCCUUCUGUUAUUCCUUUUUCGUCAUCGUGUUUUCGUGCUUCCCCACCGAGCUACCUGUCGGCCUGGACACGGCGAACUGGGCACCUGCGGUGUGGGCGGGUGUGCUCUUGAUUGCGCUCGCGGCCUAUAUCAUGCAUGGGCGGAGCCACUAUACCGCACCGGUACUGUUUGUUGAGGGCCGGAAAGCGGCAGGUGUAGGAUUGCAAUCUACAUAA